GCUUUAGCAGUGCUAUCGACUGUCGCGCAGGUUUUCAUCGGGGAGCCAUUUUCGCUGCUGCUGAAACUCGUAAAUUAAAUAACUUAAAAAUGUAAAAGAAAUACAAUAAGUGAUCGAAAAAUAUUAGUAUAAUUAUGUAUGCAUGUGCUUCAAUAGUUUAUCAGUGUUUUUGAAUUGUUUUUUUAAUGGUCGCGUUCGUCUUGUUGUUUGGCCAUCAGCAUCACACACAUAGAGCAUAUAUACACACAUGCAGAAAUUCAGAAAAAUACGUACGCCGUCCGUGAGUGUGUGUGUGAAUGUUUAAGCAUUUAAUUUAGUUAGAGAGUGCUGCAAUAAAUUAUAAUAGCUAUAAACAGUGGCAGUGCGUGUAACAAUAAAACGCCACAGCAGUAACAACAAUACACACAUUAAUACAUCAAUUAACUGACGACGCGCUAGGCUCAACGCGCAGCAAGCAUAGGCAAAAGAGCGAGAGAGAUAAGUGCCAACACCCCAGUUGAUCGCGAGUGAGCAAAUAAGCAACAACAACAACCAAUUGUGAACUGGUAUGCGUGUGUGCACACACAUAUAUAUAUAUGUAUAUAUAUAGAGAAGUGUGCGUGUGUGUGUCGUCCUCAGUAUAAACAAACGAGUGCAAUUGAAUUGUAAUUGGCGUGCAUACAGCUGUGUGUGUGUGUGAGUGAAAGUAACUGUUACUCCACAACAGAAACAGCAACAACUUGGCUUCCAUUCAUUGCAUUUAAUACGUCACAAAUUGUGCUCCAACUUGGACUUCAUCGAAUCUUCUGAACCCUACUCCACAACACACACACAAAUUCGAAAUGGGCAACUGUCUACGCACACAGAAACCGGACAACGAUAAACCGCAUGCUGGCGAUGUACGCAAUCCGCUCGACGAUCCCGGCGCCAGCAUUGGCGUAGUCGGGGUCGGUGUAGGCGUACCGCAAAUAGCAAUGCCCAUGCCCGGACAGCCGGCUGAGCAAAUACGUCCGGUACCCCAGAUACCAGAGAGCGAUGCGGCCAAUGCGAAUGCUAAAAUAUUUGUGGCCCUCUACGAUUAUGAUGCCCGCACAGACGAGGACUUGAGCUUCCGCAAGGGUGAACACUUGGAAAUAUUGAAUGACACACAGGGUGACUGGUGGCUGGCGCGCAGCAAGAAAACCCGUCAAGAGGGUUAUAUACCUUCCAAUUAUGUGGCCAAAUUGAAGUCUAUCGAAGCAGAACCUUGGUACUUCCGCAAAAUCAAACGCAUUGAGGCUGAGAAAAAAUUGCUACUGCCAGAGAACGAGCACGGCGCGUUUUUAAUACGCGAUUCCGAAAGCCGUCACAAUGACUAUUCGCUAUCAGUGCGCGAUGGCGAUACGGUUAAGCAUUACCGCAUCAGACAAUUGGAUGAGGGCGGCUUCUUCAUUGCCAGACGCACAACAUUCAGAACCCUACAAGAGCUUGUCGAGCACUAUUCCAAGGAUUCGGAUGGCCUGUGCGUCAACCUCUGCAAGCCCUGUGUACAGAUUGAGAAACCUGUCACCGAGGGUCUAUCGCAUCGAACUCGCGAUCAGUGGGAAAUCGAUAGAACUUCGUUGAAAUUCGUACGCAAAUUGGGCUCCGGCCAGUUUGGCGAUGUCUGGGAGGGUCUGUGGAACAAUACCACGCCCGUGGCCAUCAAAACUCUUAAGUCGGGCACUAUGGAUCCCAAGGACUUUUUGGCUGAGGCACAAAUAAUGAAGAAGCUGCGCCACACCAAGCUCAUUCAGCUAUAUGCAGUCUGCACCGUCGAGGAGCCCAUCUACAUUAUAACCGAGCUGAUGAAGCACGGCUCCCUGUUGGAGUAUCUGCAAGCAAUUGCAGGCAAAUGUCGUAGUAUCAAAAUGCAAACGCUCAUCGAUAUGGCUGCCCAAAUAGCCGCUGGCAUGGCAUAUUUGGAAUCACAAAACUAUAUACACAGAGAUUUGGCAGCGCGUAAUGUGCUCGUCGGCGAUGGCAACAUCGUAAAGAUAGCCGAUUUUGGUCUGGCACGACUCAUCAAGGAGGAUGAAUACGAGGCACGCGUCGGUGCUCGCUUCCCCAUCAAAUGGACAGCACCAGAGGCGGCCAAUUACAGUAAAUUCUCCAUUAAGUCGGAUGUGUGGAGCUUUGGCAUUUUACUCACCGAGCUGGUCACCUACGGACGUAUACCCUAUCCAGGUAUGACCAACGCUGAAGUAUUAACCCAGGUUGAGCAUGGCUAUCGCAUGCCCAUGCCACCGAAUUGUGAGCAGCGUCUGUAUGAGAUAAUGUUGGAGUGCUGGCACAAGGACCCGAUGCGUAGACCCACAUUCGAAACGCUGCAGUGGAAGCUCGAGGAUUUCUAUACAUCCGAUCAGAGUGAUUAUAAGGAGGCGCAGGCUUACUGAUAAAUGCUUUAUGCGCCCGCUGGCAAACGCGGCAGCUGCAACAGGGUAGCGCCCGGACCAGCAGCAGUCAGCCAAGCGGACCAGAGCAACAGUAGCAGCAGCAACAUCAACAGCAACAAUAAGACCGAAGCAUAAAGCUAACCAACACGGACAAUUCUUAUUUAGUUACUUAUUUCAACUUUUGCACAGAUUUUCUAGAGCAUUAAAAAAGAAAUGAAAAGAAAAUAUAAACAAAGCAAAGCAAGAGUAA